GCCAGCCUCGAUGGUCCAUACCCGAGAGCCCAUUCCGAGUGUCACCAAACUGUGGAACCGAAAGGAAGCUCCGACCCAUCCAUUGUCAAACCAGCUUGGAUAUAGAUGGAUGCCCUGGCUACGCAGCACUUCUGGUCCCCCACCCCCACUUUUGGUCGGUUCUGAACCUCUGAUUGAGCCUUCAACCACGGAGGACCCAUCUUUUCCACUCUUGAUUUCAAAGCACGGCGGAGGUUAAGCUGCAAUUGGUAUUGGGGCUCCCUUUGUUUUGAUCAAGCUAUAAAAAUCGAGCUCCCCUCCCCCGCUUCCACUGCUAACGCAUUCUCACCGUUCCCAUACCCAUCCCAUUCCAACGGUUGCACGGCCCCUAGUAUCUGAAAAUGGCUCCCCAGAAGGUCUUCCUCACCGGCGCUACUGGCUACAUUGGUGGAGACACCUUCUACAACGUGUACCAGGCGCACCCCGAUUGGCAAUACUCUGUCCUGGUUCGCAACAAGGACAAGGCAGCUCAGCUUUCCAGCGAGUAUCCUAAUGUAAGAGUUGUGCACGGUGACCUCGAAUCGGCCGAUAUCCUCGAGGAGGAAGUCAAGAAUGCAGACAUCGUAUUCCACUGCGCCGACUGCGAUAGCGUCGCCUCUGCUGAGGCAAUUGCAAAGGGCGCCACCCACCACACCCCUGAGAGACCAUUGUGGUGGAUUCACACUUCGGGCACCGGCAUCCUGACCGUCGAGGAUUUCCGCACCAACACGUGGGGUCUUGAACGUGCCAAGCAGCACGACGACUGGGAUGGUGUGGACGAGCUCCUCAACCUUCCUGCAGACUCCUUCCACCGCAACGUGGACGAGAUCGUCAUCAAUGCCGGCAAGCGUGCUCCCGACAGCGUCAAGAUCGCCAUCGUCUGCCCGCCCACAAUCUACGGUCCUGGCCGCGGUCCGGUCAACCAGAAGAGUGUGCAAGCAUACUGGCUGGCUGCUGCUGUCUUGAAGCGCAAGAAGGGCCUUCAGGUCGGUGAGGGCAAGAACAUCUGGCACCAGAUCCACGUCCAGGAUCUGAGUGAUCUCUACCUUCUCUUGGGAGAGGCUGCUGCUGCGGGCGGCGGCAAGGCCACCUGGAAUGACAAGGGUUACUACUUGGCAGAGAAUGGUCCCUUCUGCUGGGGUGAUAUCCAGCGACAGGUGGCCCAAGUGGCCUAUGAGAAGAAGCUGAUCCCGUCCCCCGAGGUUGAGCCUUUGACCGACGAGCAGGUGACUGAGACCAACCAGUUCGGUCUGUAUGCCUGGGGAAGCAGCUCUCGUGGCUUUUCUUACCGCGGUAGAAAGCUACUAGGCUGGUCUCCCCACCGCCCUAGUCUCCAGGAGCUUAUCCCCCAGAUUGUCGACAUUGAAGCCAAGGCUUUGGGCUUGCUGUAAUGGGGACAACGAUGUAUUAAAUUACGACACACUGAUGUGAUGAAUGCCAUGAUCUGAUGUAGCUG